CCCGGGCUCCGGGACGGGGACUGGGAGCGGGACCGGCGGCGGGGACGUGCCCCAGGGCGGCAGCGAAGCAUGGGUUGUGUGAGGUCAAAGGAAGCUGGUGGCCAAGAGAAGAUAACAAAAACUGACCCUGAUCCUGAUCCUGGCCCCACCAUCCAGCAGGGCCACUAUGUGAGAGACCCCACGGCCACCAACAAGAGGAACACCAAUGUCCCCGGCAUGGCUGUGCCCCUGCCCGAGGAUGGCCCGGGGGACAGCGUGGUGCUGGCACUCUACGACUACGAGGCCAUGAACGCUGGGGACCUCAGCUUCCAGAAGGGCGAGCGCAUGAAGGUCCUGGAGAAGUCAGGGGAAUGGUGGCGAGCACGGUCGCUGGUGACAGGACGUGAAGGCUUCAUCCCCAGCAACUACGUUGCCCAAGACAACUCGCUGGAGACAGAGGAGUGGUUUUUCAAGGAUGUCAGCAGGAAGGAUGCGGAGCGGCAGCUCCUUGGCCCUGGGAACAUGAUUGGCUCCUUCAUGAUCAGGGACAGCGAGACAACAAAAGGCUCCUACUCGCUCUCGGUGCGGGACGCGGACGAGCUGCGGGGCGGGGCAGUGAAGCAUUACAAGAUCCGGACCCUGGACAGCGGCGGCUUCUACAUCUCCCCUCGGAACAACUUCAACACGCUGCAGGAGCUCGUCCAGCACUACAAGCGUCAGAGCGAUGGGCUGUGCCAGAGGCUCACCCACCCGUGCCGAGUGCCCAAACCACAGAAGCCCUGGGAGAAAGACGCCUGGGAGAUCCCUCGGGAGUCCCUGAGCCUGGAGAGGAAGUUGGGAGCUGGGCAGUUCGGAGAAGUGUGGAUGGCCACCUACAACAAGCACACCAAGGUGGCAGUGAAGACCAUGAAGCCGGGCAGCAUGUCUGUGGAAGCCUUCCUGGAGGAGGCAAACCUGAUGAAGACUCUGCACCAUGACAAGCUGGUGAAGCUGCAUGCAGUGGUCACCAGGGAGGAGCCCAUCUUCAUCAUCACCGAAUUCAUGGAGAAAGGGAGCUUACUGGAUUUCCUGAAGAGCGAUGAGGGGAACAAGCUGCCGCUGCCGAAGCUGAUCGACUUCUCUGCCCAGAUUGCAGAAGGAAUGGCUUUUAUUGAGAAGAGGAACUACAUCCACAGAGACCUGAGAGCCGCCAACAUCCUGGUGUCAGCAGUGCUGGUGUGCAAGAUUGCAGACUUUGGGCUGGCCAGGGUCAUCGAGGACACCGAGUACACGGCCCGGGAAGGUGCCAAGUUUCCCAUUAAAUGGACUGCACCAGAAGCCAUCAACUACGGAUCUUUCACUAUAAAAUCAGAUGUCUGGUCCUUUGGGGUCCUCCUGACUGAGAUCAUCACCUAUGGACGCAUCCCCUACCCAGGGAUGUCCAGCGUGGAGGUGAUCAGGGCUCUGGAGCGUGGCUACCGGAUGCCCCGUACAGAUAACUGCCCUGAGGAGCUCUAUGACAUCAUGAUGAGGUGCUGGAAGAUCAAACCCGAGGAUCGCCCCACUUUUGAGUACAUACAGAGUGUUCUGGAGGAUUUCUUCACUGCCACAGAGAGCCAGUACCAGCAGGAGCCCUAGCAUGGGAUGCUUGGGGCGGACACUGCCUGCUCUUCCCUGUCUCACCUGUGCCUUGCUUCCCUGCCAGCCUGGCCCAGGAACCUCAGGCUUGCUGGAGUGGCUGGGCUGGAGCAGCACACGAUGGAGGGAGAAGAGACGUGGCCACACCUUGUGCCUGUCCCAGGAGCCUGAAUGUCCCUGGGGCAGUGGCUCCAGGAAGUGCUGGCUGGACAGUGGUGCCGAGACCCCAGGAGGAUUGACAGGGAUGGGGCCAGGCCUGCUUUUGCUGCAAGGAAAAACCCAGAUCAGUAUUUUUAUAAUCCUUCUGAGAUUUUAUGACUUUGUUCUGCAGCAGUAUGUGCCUUAGGUGCUGGCUGUGGGGACAUGCCCUGCAGUGCCUGUGCUCCCUGUGUGAUGGAGCCCAGGGGAUCCCCCUAAGGCACACUGCAGUGCAGCCCCUGGGCGCAGCAUCAGCACAGGAUCCUGGGGUUUGAAUGUUGAA